AUGUUUAACUUACAAACAGGACCGAAAGAAGUAUUUCCAUAUAACUACUACAGCAGUGUUUUGUUAGCAAAUGACAACAGAACUGGUGUCAUUUCUGAAGCAUGUAAGUUUAUCCAUGAUGCAGAUACAUUUAUGAAGAACAUAGAUUCCAUCAAAGGUUGCAGAAUAGAUGAAAACCACUUCGACUUAGAAAAAUAUAGCACGUUUUACUGCAAACAAGAUGUAAGAAUUUUAAGAGAAGGUUUUGUAAAGUUCCGCAAUGACUUAUUGAAAGAGUUUGAUUUAAACGUUUAUGACUACGUUAGUAUUUGUUCUAUUGCUAACAAAUUGUUUGAGAACAGAGUAUACUUCCCGAAUGGAAAUCUUUAUGACCUCUCAAAUAAACCAAGAGAAUUUAUUUCGAGAUGCAUUCAAGGUGGAAGAUGUAUGUUGUCAGAUAACAUGAAACAAAAGAGCAAAAAGAAACUCAUUGCUGACUUCGACACUGUUUCAUUAUAUCCUUCAGCUAUAGCAAGACUUUAUACUUUAGAAGGUAUUCCAAAAGUAUUGAAGGAUGAGAUGUUAAGCACAGAGUAUCUCAUGAGACAUUUAUUCGAUGAUGACCAAAAGGAACCCAUUGGUGAAAAGUUUAUGUCUGGCUUCUUUGUUCUCAUUAAGAUAACAGAGAUUGGUAUACCCAGACACUUUCAUUUAAUAGUUUGCGACCCUGAACUAAAUCCAGAACUUAACGUUCCAAGAAGUUCAAACACUUGCUGUCUCAUGUAUGUUGACCAUAUAACAUUACAAGACCUCAUAAAAUAUCAAGGUGUCAAAUGUGAAGUGUUGCAAGGAUACUAUUACGAUGGAAACAGAGAUAUGAGAAUAAGAGAUGAAGUAAAGAAGUUGUUUGAGUUAAGGUUAAAGUAUAAGAAAGAAGAAAACCCCUUACAAGAAAUUAUAAAACUCAUUCUGAACAGCAUUUAUGGCAAAACUAUUCUAUCUCCUAUUGA